CCCACCGCCAUGGCCGAGGAAGGCAUUGCUGCUGGAGGUGUAAUGGACGUUAAUACUGCUUUACAAGAGGUGCUGAAUACCACCCUCGUCCACGAUGGCCUAGCACAUGGAAUUCGAGAAGCUGCCAAAGCCUUAGACAAGCUCCAAGCCCACUUCUGUGUGCUUGCAUCCAACUGUGAUGAGCCUAUGUAUGUCAAGUGGGUGGAGGCCCUUUGUGCUCAACACCAAAUCAACCUAAUUAAGGUUGAUGACAAGAAAUUAGGGGAAUGGGUAGGCCUCUGUAAAACUGACCGAGAGGGUAAGCCUCGUAAAGUGGUUGGCUACAGUUGUGUAGUGGUUAAGGACUAUGGCAAGAAGUCUCAGGCCAAGGAUGUCAUCAAAGAGUACUUCAAAUGCAAGAAAUGA